AACGGCAUCAUGGCUUCUUGGAACCGCUACCGGAGUAGGAUGAGAGAGCUGAACAUGUACAUAUUCGUCUUGUUGGUGUGCCUGGUGUCUGUGCUGCAGGCGGUGGUGAAGGUCUCUCCUCUGAUAGAGAAGGUCAGCGACCACAAGGACUUAAAGAAGCUCCUGAGGACCCGAACUAAUGUCCUGGUGCUCUACACUAAGUCAGCUACCUCCGGGGACUCUAAGUUCAAGCUGCUAUCUGACGUGGCCCAGGUCAUCAAAGGACAGGGCACCAUCGCCUGGGUCAACUGUGGGGAUUCAGAGGGUCGUAAACUGUGUAAGAAAGUGAAGGUAGAUCCCAGCACAAAAAGUGGUGGAGCAGAACUCCUGCAUUAUAAAGAUGGGACAUUCCAUACAGAAUACAACAGGCCUGCUACAUACAAGUCCAUGGUGGCGUUUUUAAAAGACCCCACAGGAGCCCCUCUUUGGGAGGAGAACCCAGAAGCUAAAGAUGUUGUUCAUGUAGAAACUGAGAAAUACUUCAGAAAGCUUCUGAAGAGGGAGGAGAGGCCGAUCCUCAUGAUGCUCUACGCCCCAUGGUGUGGUGUCUGUAAGAGGAUGCAGCCCGUAUUUCAACAGGCAGCUACAGAGACCAAGGGUAAAUUUGUGCUGGCUGGGAUGAACGUGCACCCAGCGGAGUUUGAUGGCCUCAAGCAGGAGUACAACGUCAAGGGCUACCCAACCUUCUGCUACUUCAAGAAGGGGAAGUUCCUGCACCACUAUGAGAACUAUGGGGGCACAGCCAAGGACAUCAUUGACUGGAUGAAGAAUCCCCAGCCCCCCCAGCCGAAGGUCCCAGAGGUCCAGUGGUCGGAGACCGACUCCCCUGUCUUCCACCUGACUGACGACUCCUUCGAUGGGUUCCUGGCGGCACACCCGUCUGUCCUGAUCAUGUUCUACGCUCCAUGGUGUGGCCAUUGUAAAAAGAUGAAGCCAGAGUAUGAGGAAGCUGCUGAAUACCUCAACAAAAAUGAAAAUAGCCCUGGAGUUCUGGCAGCCGUGGACAUCACCAUUCACAAGGUGGUGGGAGACCGCUUCAAGAUCUCUGGCUUCCCCACCGUCAAGUACUUUGAGAAGGGAGAGGAGAAGUUCACUCUACCCCACCUUAGGAGCAAGGACAAGAUCAUUGAAUAUCUGCAGAACCCCCAGGCGCCCCCUCCCCCAGAGCAGUCCUGGGAAGACAAGCCGUCUGGUGUUAGCCAUCUUGGAAUGGAGGACUUCAUGGAAGUGUUGAAGAAGAAGAAGCAUGCCCUAGUCAUGUUCUACGCACCAUGGUGUCCCCACUGUAAGAAUGCUGUCCCUCAUUUCACCACGGCAGCAGAUCUCUUCAAAGAGGACCGCAAGAUAGCCUAUGCUGCCGUGGACUGCACUAAAGGACAGAACCAGGAGCUGUGCAAGCAGGAGAGUGUGGAAGGCUACCCUACCUUCAACUACUACAACUAUGGCAAGUUUGCAGAAAAAUACAACGGAGACCGAGGGGCAGCAGGGUUUAUAGGUUUCAUGCGCAGCCUGCGGGGGCGGGACCAGGGCAAGAGGAAAGAGGAGCUUUAAGGCAGGGUGUGGAGAGGGAGGAGCCUGUCGUUGCACUGUGACCGUGGCCUCUUAGCACUGACAUCACGCGAUGUCGUCAUGACGUGAAAUCACGGGGCGGAGACUUGAGACCCUCAGCGUUUCAGGGGAGAUGCUAUAUGAACACGCCGGGUACCCAAAUUGAUGACAUGUUGCGCAGCUGGGAGACGAAUGGAUUCUGUUCAGUCAGUCGUCCUGAUGAGCCCUUCCCAGCUAGCUCGUUCAUGCUGGAAACAGCAGCAUGGCGCUGUACAGAAAGUGAUGUUUAAUUCGAUGGGCGAGGGAGAAAUAACUUGUAGUAUUGGUCACCAUCUGGAUGUUACCAUGACAUGCCUAUUAGCUAACGUAAUGACAAGCCUGUGAAUGACCAGUGCAACGAUGUGUCGAGGUGCUUCCCACUGAGCAGCAGUUGCUUCACCGGCAGCUGGAUCAUAUGCUGUAUCAGCUAAUGUAGCCAAUUUUGUUCCAUCCCACUUGAGUAGGAUAGCAGCCUACAUGAGAAAUAACUUGUAAUAUUGGUAGCAGAGACUGGAACCAAAAUAAUUUAGUUCUGAACAGAACUAUUAUUUAUUUCAUUCCAUUCCACUGUUCCGACCAGUAAAAUAAAGUUCUGAACCGGUUCGAACCCCAAAAAAGUAGAGGUUUAUGGAGAGGGCUCACUAGUACGACUGACUGAACUGAAUCCAUUCGUCCACACUCAAUUCGCGUUGCACCACAUACGUCAUACAUUUUGGGCACUAGGCGUGUCCAUAUAGCAUCUCCCAGAACACAGCAAUUUUUUUAUCGAUCGUGUUUGUAAUGCCAGUGGCCACUUUUUUUUUUUUUUAUAUAUAUAUAUUUUGCUGGAAUGAUUAAAAAAAAACGGAACAGGAAAAUUUGGCCCAAAUACUGUGACUGCAUUUGUGGAAAGCUACACCUUACUGCAGAGUUUCCCAAACUCAGUCCUUGGAACUCCAAGGUGUGCACGUUUGUUUUUUGCCCUAGCACUACACAGCUGAUUCAAAUAAUCAACCACUCAUCAAGCUUUGAUAAUUUGAAUCAGCUGAAAAACUAAACGUGCACACUUUGGGGUCCCAAGGACCAAGUUUGGGAAACACUGCCUUACUGUAUCUAUGCAAUACCAGACUCUCCCUUCCCACUCCUGAGAAUCUGUGUGCUAGCUGAGCUGUGGUUGUUGCAUGUGCCACCUACAGCCAGCUACAAGGAUCACUACACUACUGUCCUAUCCACCUCGGUGUGUUGCCCUGAAGAGGAAUACGAUCUUAAUCUAAGCAUACAACUGUUUGUUCCAAUAUUACGGUAUCAAUAUUUUUGUACAGACCUGUCUGUCAUGUUAGGUUUUGGUUUGUUUCAGGAGGACAAUGAUCUAUUAGCUGAAAACUGUGGCCUUAAAUAUGUGUACGGAAGUUAAUCACUCAUCUCUGAGUCAGACAGAUAGUUGUGAAUGAUUCUAUGCGCUUAAACAUAGCAAAGCUCUUGUAGUGGUGCUUUGAGGCCUGGUGCUUCCAUUCCUCCACGUGUUUCCAAGUCAACCAUGGGACAAAUAAAUCAAAUCAGACAGGAACAUAAAAUGCCAAAAAUAAAUUAGAAUUAUUAUGUUACUCUACAUUCAUUUCCAAACAAUGAUUUCCAGAAGCCUCCUGUUGUAGUGAUAUGCCUAGUAUUAUCUCUUUACAAUAGUCCUGCAUUACUCUAGUGUAUUCCAUUAAAAACAAAGGCUUUGGAAAAGAUAUGGGCCAAAUAUGGUCUCCUAUUGAACAUGACUUUUUCCUCCGUCCUUAAAAUGUUUACAGGAUCAAGACACUGUCCCAGUCCAUCCCUUCCACCUUUGUCUGGGUAGCAGUCAGAACCAUUCAACUCAAUAUCAGAAGGCAUAUUGGAUUAUGAUUAGACUCUAGAACCCUCUAAUUCAAAUCUGGACCUCAGCCAGACCUGGGACAGCAGGUGGGGGCAAUUAAUUCAGGUAGAAAAGAAAACCAGCAGAAGCCGGACCUCGUAGGAUAAAAUUUGAAUAACCCUGCUCUAGAAGAUCCAGGAUCUCAGUUCCAUGAUCCAAGAGCAGAUUGCCUCUGUAUGACUGUCUCUGUACCCUGGUCUGGGAAAUGUUAUCCCUUAUGUCCCAGCACAUCCAACUGGAUGACUUCAGAUUUCACAAUAGCGCAGAGAUAAGUGAGAAAGUCGACGGACCCCCUUAACACUUGGCACUAGCAUCAAUACUGGAGCCAUUACCAUUACCGUCGUGGCAACUUUAAUGCUGUAUGUUUUCAACUCCCCUGCUUAAGCCGCUAUAAAUAUUUAAAGGCCUAUCUGUAGCUGAACUUGUUUUUUUUUUAUUCAGGAGUUUGGUUCCUUUCAUUAUUGAAUAAGGUUCUCAGGGAUAGCGAAAACACAGUGAACUAGCUUGUUUGUAUUGCAGUUGGAGGGUUUUGAGUUCUAGAGUUGCCAAAUUAAAAUAACUGUUUACAUUUGUCUUGUAUGAAAAAUAACAUUUUUAUAGAUUAAAAUGGUCAAGUUUACAUUUCCUGUACCAAAAAUGGUCAGGAAGUAUUAAAUAAAACAUUGGUGCGCACACACUCCCUGAGCUUGGCAGUAUCAUUGAUACCGGCACCAUUACCAUUAUCUUUGUGGCAACUUUAAUGCUGUGUGUUUUCAACUCCCCUGCUUAAGCRGCUAUAAAUAUUUAAAGGCCUAUCUGUAGCUGAACUUGUUUUUUAUUAUUCAGGAGUUUGGUUCCUUUCAUUAUUGAAUAAGGUUCUCAGGGAUAGCGAAAACACAGUGAACUAGCUUGUUUGUAUUGCAGUUGGAGGGUUUUGAGCUCUAGAGUCACCACAUUUAAAAGUGUUUUACAUUUGUCUUGUAUGAAAAAUGAAAUGUAUAGAUUAAAAUGGUCCAGUUUACAUUUCCUGUGCCAAAUCAUGGCAGGAAGUAUUAAAUAAAACAUGGUCCAUAUGUGGGUUAAUGAACUGACUAAUACAAUGUUUGGUAUUCUAAAUGGGCUACUUCCAAAUUAGGUCAGUCUGGAAUGGACUGCUGACUGACAUAGAACAAUAUCUCCAUUCAAUGUUACAUUACAUUUCUGCAACAUGCAAAACUAACUGCAUCACAGAAUGUUGGAAUAAUGCUUUACUGCUGUUUUAGAUGUUCCGUUAUCUUUCUGUUAAUCAAUCAAAUAAUCAAUCUCCUUUCACUAUUUUGUUUCUUCAGUACAUGGCCUCAGUAGCAAAUGGUUGGAGACUUUACAUAAAUUUAUCAUAAAGACAACCUUUGUCUUAUCCCAAAGCACUUCGUAUUGUGUAUAAACUGUCACACCUAUGCCAAGAAGUCAUUGUUGCAAUUUGUUGAUUUUCUGUGCCCAGCCAUAUGUACAGUUUUGCACCUUUGCAUGAGGACUUUGCAAAAAAUAAACUCAAACAUUUCCAAGA